GCAAAGACGCAACAGCCGAGUCGGUGAAGGAGAAGGAGAAGGCGGUGGAUCCUCUGACUCAGAGUCUGUCUGGAGUCCAGACAGGCUGUAGUUGUGGACUGUCAAGCUAAGCUUUACACCUGCCCACUGGAUGUAAAACAGACGGCAUGGGAAAGCCACUUCUACAGGAUACUUUUAUAAAGAGCUGGUGUUCUGCUUCACGGGCGAUGGUAUGCUGAGGUGUGUCCGCAAUGACGGAUGUGGAGGCGACCCUGGAGGACUUCAUUGCUUCUCGACGUUCUGGCCGCAGGAAUGCCAUCCACGAUAUCCCAGCAUCCCCGGGAGCGCAGGGAGACACUGACCUAUCACAGAGUCUGGCACAGCUCAACAUCAACAAGUCUGGCGAAGAGGAGGAAGAUCCUGAGAAGAGCCAGGACUCUCCAGCUAAAGAGGAGGAGACUCAAGCUGAAAGUAGCUAAGUGGCACCAAGCAUGUACGGCCUCAAAAGAGCCCUGUGUGUUCUCUGAAUACCAGAGCGUUUGACUAGCCCGUUGCAGCUAGUGAACCUGAGCAAUUGCAGCUAAAUCCUGCACUGCCACCAACCCGAGAAGAAAUGAUUGCUAUUGGAACCACAGCGCAUCCCCCUCAUAUACUUGAGUAUGUUCCAAUAUCUUUAAAAGCCUUGUUUUCUUGAUGCCUUCCCCUUGUGGCCACUGAUAUGGGAUAACAUGUGAUAUCUGAAGAGAUCGCUGUAUAUUCAUGAACCAGCCAAUAAAAACUGUCCUGUCACUGCCCCGGCACUUUUCGGUGCUGAGUCAGCACUGAUGUGACUGAAAUGCUUAGUCAGCACUGAUGUGACUGAAAUGCUUCCAGGGAACCGUGGAAACGGAUGGACAUGCAUUCGUCCUUCCAAGAGACUGUUUUCAGCUGCUCCCAGUGGUUUAAUGAUUUGUCCACGGCUCUAGUGUGUUUCCUUUACUGGACAUUUUUGUCACAACUGCUCUUCAGUUGUUUUGGUGUCGGACUGAAUACAUGAAGCCAUUGUGAUGCUGUACUUUUAUUUAUAUUUUGCAUGUGUGUGUUCCAAUGUCAGGUAAAUUAUCUUUACAAAUGAACAAUGUUGCAUGUCAUGGUGCAUUUUAAUAUUCCAUUGACUUGUUUUGAUUGAUGCACCUGAAUCUUGUAGUGAAGAGCAGAAGGCGAGCCAUAUCUGUGUUUUCACUGGUACAUUUAUUUUGCUCAUGUUCAUUGAACCAUCACGUUGUUGAACUUAGCAUUUAGCAGGUUUUUUUGUACCAACACCAGGGACACUCUUAUACAGUUGGUGUGUCAAGACGACUAGGGGAGGCAUUUUCUUCCUCAUGAAAAGCAAAGUUAUACUUUACAACUAUUAAACUCUCCUAAUUUGUACUUGUACUGUAAAUGUUUUAAUUUCUGAGCCCCAAAAAGAUAUCAAAGAAGUUGGUGGGUUUGUUUUAUUAUAUUAUGUACUAUAUUUGGACAUCUUACCCAGCUGUCCAGCAACUUUUACAGACAACACACAAACGCACAAAACAUCAAUCUGUCUUCUAUGCGCAUGACUUGGCAUUUAAUUAAUUCUGGUCAGGUUUUGUUGGACUGGACUCAGUGUCCCAGCUGUCAUCUUGCAAACGGCUACCUACAUCCUGGACGGGCUGCCAGUCAGUCACAGGACCAACAACGACGACGCACAACCAUGGACGCACACACUUUGGGACAAUUUAGUCACCACUGAACAUGAUGCAUGUUCUUGGACUGUGGGAGGAGACCAGGCUAGAGCCAGUGGAGUCCUGUGGUAGAAAGUAGUUUUUGGAAUCCUGUUAUUAGAUAAAUAUGAUUCUCCCUUACAUUGUUAAUGACAGAAACAUCUGUAGUCAUUUAGUCUUACCAGGGAGAGUGUAUCAUGGCCUUUGCUGAGCACGAGCAGUCCGAUGUCCCAUGGCUUUACAUGAUGGCAGUCAGGAUCCAGUAAUUCUCUUCUUAAAUCCAGAUGAUACCGUUUGUGGUUUACUGCAGUAGAUCGACUCAAUACUGUGUCUGUACGUGUGUGUUUCAAAUGUGAUUUGUAUUACAAUAGAUAUCAAAAAGAGAAAACAUUUUGAUAGUGAAGAUUACAACACUCGACAACUGAGUGCUAGCGGUGGUGCAUAUUUUUUUUAAAUCAAGUAGCCUACAUGCUCAUGUUUAUUCUUGUAGACUGGAUAUUUGUUAGAGAGAUUGGGAUUGUACAGACUCGUGUGAACUUUUUCAUAGUAAAAGAAAAAAAGUUUUAAUAUUGCAGUUGUAGCUCCCUUGUUUUGUUACCUGUUAAAUACAUGAAUAUCUACUCUAACAAAUGUUUUGUUACAUCCACAGUGCAUAACACAUACUGUGUAUUUAUGUCAUUUUUCUUGCUUUAAAGGAGACAUAUUGGGAUUUUUUUCUUUUUUUAAGUAAACAAUUUCCUGAGGCCUUAAUGAUCUUUUGGCCAAAAUGCAACAGGGAUGCAGUACAAAGGUUUCCUUUAUAAUCAAGUCUUACAGCUUUGUUGAUAGCAGAUGAUUUUAGUGGGUGAACUCGGCUUUAAUCCAACCUCCUAUUCUGCAGGUUGCUACCCACUUCCAAAGUGCAGUAAAUGCAGGGGUUAACUAAGCUCUCAUCUGGCUCUGUGAUGUCACAGUGCCUUGCAGAUCUGAACCUCUCAAUAAUGGCUUAGUCUCAUGUUCUUGGCUCCUCCAGAGUGACAAAGUUGUGUUAUGAAGUUUUUCAGUUGGUAGCGACUUCAAACACCUAAUUAAAUUAUAUUAAGAACAUCAAAAGGGAUUUCUUUUUUCACAGUAUAAGAUGUUAAAAGGGAUAAGUCAGUUUUUUCAGUGUAUGUACAGGUGAAUAAUUUGCACUGUUGAAAUGAAGGAAGCAGAGAGCACCGAUGCUCGUUUCUCAGGCCAUUGAUACAUGAGUUAUAUCACUGUGUAAUUAGAUGCUUUACUCUAUAAUGCCAGCAGAUUUGACUUUAUGGGUUUUGUCAUAUUUCAUGUGCUAUUAAAUUCCAUCAUGUUCAAGUGUGUCGCGGUGUGUUUGAGUAGAUGAGCUGUACAAGCGGUAGCUGUUGCUGCCCUCUGGUGGUCAAUUUCAGAAACAACAUUCAGCAACAGUCAAUUUAUUUUUUUUAGUUCAAAAGGUUCUUUGAUGCAAUAAAGAUUUUUUUUUUUAUUU